AUGCCGUCUUACAGUAUUUCUAAGGCGAUUUCGCUUACACUUGUCGCGGCCUCUGCCGUCGUCGAUGCUCACUCCUGGGUCGAAUACGUCCGCAAAAUCGACUCCACCGGUGCCUUUAUAGGUUCCCCGGGCUUUCCGUAUGCAUACAUGAACCGUUCAGCUCUCGGCUUCACCGACGAUAUGGUUCAGAACAAAAUCCUAGAUACCAAGUCUAAUCCGCCCGUGUGCAAACCCAAAGCCAACGCCUAUGACAAGCUAGACCGUCUCACCGCAGCUCCAGGAGACUACGUUGCCCUGCUCUACCAGGAGAAUGGACAUGUCACUCAGCCUGACAUUACACCCCGUCCCUACCGUGAUGGGCUCGUCAGCGUCUAUGGUACUCUUCACCAUGAGGACUCGGAUGGUAUUAAUGAUGUUCUGGGCGCGUGGACUGCCGAUGGCAAGGGUGGUAACGGCAAAGGUAAACUUCUAGGAACCCACUUCUACGAUGACGGCCAAUGCUAUCAGAAUGCUGGCCACAACUUCGCUAUCCCCAUCUACGCCUCGCGUUACAAGGAGCACGGUCUAGAAGAGUUGUACUGCCAGACCGACUUCCAACUUCCCGAGGAUCUCCCUCAUGAGGGAACCUACACGGUAAUGUGGGUUUGGGAUUGGCCGCUUAUCACCUCCGACACCACGAACGUGACCGAGAUCUAUACCUCGUGUGCCGAAAUCCAACUUCAAGCCCCCAAGUCCGGAAAGAGCCAGGUCAAGUUUUCGGAGAACCAUCCUAUCGACAAGGCAGCCAUCAAGUCCCAACUCAACAUUCAGUUCGAGGCUACCGGUUUGGGAGUCGGCACCCACCCGCCAGCAGCACCAACCGAGACUCCCGCUACUUCUGCGGACAAUGGAAGCCCUACAUCGGAACCGGAAACUACGGUGGGAACUUCGACAUCGAAGAAGCAUCAUAAGGGAGUCAAGACCGUAACUGUCACUGCACCUGCUAUGACAACUACCGAGUGGCAGACCGUUACCAUUAGUGCUGGUGGUGCUGGAAACACCGGGUAUAGCGAGUCAUAUGCAACCAUCAACCCUGCCCCGACCCAGAAUGCAACUACCUCAGCGCAAAAAGUAGCGCCCACUUCCAUCAUCCCCGUCACGUCCGUCUCCAAGUUUCUGAAGGCGCGAGCUACCGGACAAGCACGACGAAACAACUACUACGCAUAA